AAUCAUACAAGGCAAUCUUUGUAUGAUGAUUCUUAAACCUUUUUGUAUGGUUAACUUUAGUUUGAUACUUCUUCCUUUGAUGUAAAUUGUGAUGUCAUAUAGAUUUAUGUCAGCCCUAAAAUGAUGAGUAGACUCUAGUUUGCAAAUAAAAAGAUGUGUCAACAGAAUUUAAGUGAGUUUGCACUCUUUUACAUCCCCGAAAAUAUCUGGUUAAAGCUCACUCUCUGUGAAAUUUAAUCUUUCCCUUCUAGUCCUGCCGUGUGCAUCAUCCAGAAGGUCGUUGUAUUUCAUGCUUUCAUUUGAUUUGAUUGUGAAUGUAAGUUACUGAGGUGCAUGUCAGUGGCUCAUUUGCUGAAGCAAAAUCAAAUGAUAAGAGUGGGAUUAAAGAACGUCUGUGUCCACGUUGCCAUGCUUCACCCAGAACAUACUUCCACCAUGCCAUCCCCAAAACCCCUCCUCAUCCAGUCCCCCGCCCCAACACCUUCAGCCCUCACCCACACACACACACACACCACACGCAUUCAGCUCACACACACACUCACCCACACAGACACAGACAGCCCCGACACCCAUCCCGUCAUCACCCACAGACUUCUCCCCUCUCUCUGUUCCAGGGGGCUCAUGGGAAACCUCCUGAAAGUGCUGGCUUGCGCCGAACUUGAGCAUGGCCCAAUAGUUUUCCUUGACUUUGAACAUGCCCAGCCCACGGAGGCAGAGACGGCAGUGUGGAACCAGGUCAGCGCUGUGCUGGAGGAGGCUCAUGGGAUACUAGCCGAGCUGCAGUCCUAUAAUGGCGCGGGCCAGGAGAUACGAGAAGCCAUCCAGAACCCAGGUGACCUCGCUCUUCAGGAGAAGGCCUGGAACGCAGUCUGCCCCCUGGUGGCCAAGCUGAAACGCUUCUACGAGUUCUCCCUCCGUCUGGAAAAUGCCCUGCGCAGCCUGUUGGAGGCUCUGACAAGCCCGCCGUACGCUCCCAUGCAGCACCUGGAGAGAGAGCAGGCCCUGGCCAAACAGUUUGCUGAGAUCCUGCAUUUUACGCUCAGCUUUGAUGAACUAAAGAUGACAAAUCCAGCCAUUCAAAAUGACUUCAGCUACUACAGGAGGACCAUAAGCAGGAACAGGCUGAACAACCAGCAGCUGGAGGCUGAGAAUGAGGUGAACAAUGAGAUGGCCAAUCGGAUGUCUCUGUUCUAUGCUGAAGCAACACCCAUGCUGAAGACUCUGAGUAACGCCACCACCAAGUUUGUUUCAGAGAAUAAGACUUUGCCCAUAGAGGACACCACGGACUGUCUGAGCACCAUGGCCUGUGUGUGCCGUGUCAUGCUGGAGACUCCGGAGUACCGUUGUCGGUUCACCAACACAGACACCAUGCUGUUCUGCAUGAGGGUGAUGGUGGGCGUCAUCAUCCUCUAUGACCACGUUCACCCUGUCGGGGCUUUUGCCAAGACCUCCAAAAUCGACAUGAAGGGCUGCAUCAAGGUGCUGAAAGAGCAACCAUCCAACAGUGUGGAGGGACUUCUCAACGCACUGAGGUAUACGACACGGCAUCUAAAUGAUGACAGUACCUCCAAACAAAUCAGGGCCCUCCUUCAAUGAGAGAGAGAGCGGGAAAGAGAGAGCGAGAGAGGGAGGAAGGAAGGAAGGAGGAGUGCACAUGUAGGAAGAGAGGAAGAGGAGGAGGAAACAAACGCCAAUGGCUGAUAACCUGUUUGUUUACAACUAAUGAAGAAGCAAAAUGAUCCCCAGGUUGAACGCAACCUGACGAUAAUAAGAAGAGGAAAAAGAAUUAUAUAUAUUGUCAGCUGUCCAUCAUUCUGUCUCUCAUUUUGUAAAGUAAAAAAAGAAAAAAAAAGUCAGAAAAAGAAAAUAUAGAUAUAUAUUAAAAAAAAAACAAAAAACAAACACAAACACCAGAUGAAAAUAGGUAGGAUUAAAGAAUAAAAAGGAAGCUAUAUUGCAAAAUCUAAGGUCAGAAUCGAAGACAAACAUAAACUGAAAAUGUAUAAAAAAAAAAAAAAUUUUAAAAAGAGAAAAAAAAAAAGGUUCAUAUUCCAGCGGUAGUCAGUAUUUUUGCACACACUUUGAAAAUGACGCCGUCUCCUCUCCACUUCAGUUGAGGGCGAACAAAAUCUGAUUCCAAACUGAUUCCUUGAGCCUUGCCUGCAUCCCCCUUCCCACUGAUUUGAACGGAGGGCGGCGGCGGUGGGGUUUUAAGCUCUCAAGGUUGCAGACUUCAGUGGCUUUCGGAACUGAACCCUGGUGUGUGUCUCUCUCUCUCUUCUGCUUCUCCUUCAGCUGCACCGAUUCUCCACCCACCGGUGAGUUGAAAGCAAUGUGAUGGAUGCACUCCGGAGAUUUGCUUCCACCGGUCCAUUUCUUUCCGCAUCGGUGCAGCUGAGGGAUCAGCCGAGGCGAGGAGGCGAGGAGACGAGGAGAUAAAGCCACAGUAGACUUUUUAGAGCGCCUCCAUUUUCGCCCGUACGCCUCUUUUCCUCAUCGUCGCCCAUCACCCCUCACUCUCACGCCCGCCCCGCCCCCCUCCUCCUCAACAUCCAUGGGAUGAUGUGGAGGUGUGUGUGUUUUUUUUUUUGGCCCUGGCACCAACUCCACUGAUGUAGUGUGCCCUCAAUCAAACGCUGUGUAUGUUCCAGCACAAAACAUCUCGUGAGUAGUUUUUGGCUUUACUUGACUCUCUCUCCAUUGGUGCUAAUGUGGUUUAGACAUCACAAUAAUAGAUUUCAUUUGGCUACAAUUGAGGUGAGACGCAGGACGAAUAGAUGGCGAGAGAAGGAAAGGGAAGCUUUCUUUGUCCCCCCUUUUGUUGCACUAAGACGCCAAAUCUCAACCGGUGAGAGCGUUUUUAACACAACCACCAUGUCUGCUUUCACCUUUUCGAUCACGUGCACAGGGGCGAAUAGAUGUCAUGUGUUGCUGGCAUGCCUUCCUGGGCGUGCCGGGGAUAGGGGAGGACCACAGUAAGAGUGGAAAAGGGCAUUCUGGGAAGCCACAGCACAGAUAACCUCGUCACCCAGUGCCAAAUCUGGUUGGUUUACACUCUCGUUACAUCAUCAGGCCAGGCCCGGGGUCCAGGAAGGCGAGGGGGGCGGAGUCUCGUUACUCCGCCUGGUAAUAUCUUCGCUAGGACGUCACCGAUCAUCACGUCAAGGACGAAUCAGGGCGAGAAAAAGCCGGGAUAAGAUGAAAAUAACACAGGUCACGAGGCAGUGAAAUUAAAACACAUAUCACACACACACACACACACACACACACAGUGCAGGGAGAGAUCAGAGUGUUCCAGUGUAAAUAAGCGAGGCUUUUCUCAUCAAGGCAUCCACAAGGCCAGCUUGGGUCCAGGAGGAAAAACACAACAAACAAGCAGAAGACAACUGCAUACUGUCAACUAGAGUUCUUUCUUUUAGUAUGAGGCUGAUAAAGAUUAAAGUCAUUGAUUAAGUGGGUAUUAAAAACAAAAAUUAACUAAAAAAAAAAAAAAAAAAAAAA